CCUCUCGGCUCUCUCUCUCGCUCUCGGCAGUUCGAGCGGCGGCAGCGCCGCCUCUCCCUCUCGUCGCCGGCAGCAAGCAGCCCCUCUUCUCCUCUCUUCCCGGCUCUCUUCUCUCCAAUGGCCAAAAGCGAGGUCACCUCCAACGCCAACGCCACCCCGACAAAGACUCCUCAUCUUGCUUUCACGACGAUCUCCAACGUCAAACUCCAUGUUCCGGUUCUUCUCCGCCUCUCUCAACCGAACUACAAGAAGUGGAGUCGCCUUUUUCUCCUCCUGGUUAGCCGAUUCAAUCUCCAGGGCUACAUCAACUGCUCCGUCGUCCCCCUAUCGGAAGACGACAAUGAAUGGCUCCAACUUGACGCUUUCCUCCAGGGAUGGAUUCUGUCCACCAUCUCCGACGAAAUCUCCGAUCUGGUUAUCUCAUCUGUCUCCACCGCUUCUGCUCUUUGGAAAGUUAUUCAUGAUCUAUUUCACGAUCGACAACAAGAACGCUCGUGCGAUGCAACUAGAACACGAGUUCCGCACCACCGUCAAAGGCAACACCACCAUGGCGGCCUAUUGUCAACAUCUGCAAAAUCUUGCCGAUUGGCUGGACGAUGUUGAUGCCCCGGUGUCCCAACACCAACUUGUUCUUCAGAUGCUUCGUGGUCUCCCCGCGGAUCUGUUAGUUCUUUGGGUUAGUUACUAAGGGUGAGAACUAGUGUGUAUUUUGUUUAUUCUUUGUUGGCCUUAUCCUUGUGACAAAAACAAAUAAGUAGGAAUGUU